GAGCAAAACAAACUUUAAGUCGAGGUUUCAUUAAGAAAUGAUUAAGGUUGUACAAUUAGCAUGAUAACGAUUCUUUACUCUUAGGACUGGCUUCCAAUUUUCAUUUCACAAUAUGCUCUUCGAACUUCAAACUUGAUUGAAUCAUCAACAAUACACGUACGUACUUUGAUUCACUCAUUCACUCACUCACUCACUCACUCACCUACUCUCGUUCACUCACCCACACAAUCUCGUUUGCUCACCUACUCACGCACAUCUCCCAGUGAAUUUUCUGAUAGAUAUACAUUUCUAAAGUAUUUACAGUAAUUCUUAAUGGCUGAAACAUUACAGGAGAUCUACACCUUCAGGGCUCUGGAUGCCAAAGUCCAUCGGGGAGGACACCAGUGUCUAUCAUUGUCUGGAUGCCACUUGUUCUUUGCCUACAGACCUAAAGAAUGCUGCGUGGGAAUAUAAUUACACAAAAUUAUCAGACAGUUCAGACCAAUCAACCACUCUCAACAUCGCAACUACAACGUUACAAAAUUCCGUCAUCAAUUUAAACGCUUUUGGGACAACAAUAGACGAUUGGACUUGCAUCAAUAGUUCAAACAUCUCUAACACACAAACAAUUGUAGUUUUCAAAAGUGACACAAGCUUUACCAGUGAUCCUGGUAGUGGUAACAGACGGCUAUAUCUUUGUAUGAAAUUAACAAAAGUGACCAAAGAUUUAUAUUACUUUUACCUUUUGUCAGAUAUAUCCACUGCGGUCACUCCGAAUGAGAGAGUGUUCGCGUCAGAAGGAGGAAACACACCAGGUGACGAUGCUCCAAUGUGUAGUACAUUUUGUAAAUACACAGGCUCACCGAAAAUUCGCACAUUAAGAAGACAAGGAACUAGUGACGAAGUACCUGAUGAUGCAGUAUUAUGUGAACCAUGUGACAACACAUGUGAAGUUGAUAGAUGUGAUCCAAACCCAUGUCAAAAUAAUGGAAGUUGUGCGGAUUUCAAAGACACCUACAACUGCACAUGUGCUACUGGUUGGAAAGGAGAAAAUUGUACAACGGACGUUAAUGAAUGUUCGUACCAACCUUUAAAACGCUCGUUGUGUCAACUCCACUCUGAUUGUUACAACUUAGAAGGAAGUUAUAGGUGUGACUGUAGACAAGGCUAUAAUGAUAAUAACGGUGACUGCACAGAUGUAAAUGAAUGUGAGAGAAAACCGUGUCCUGAACAUUCAAACUGUACCAAUACAAAUGGAAGCUUCACGUGUGCCUGUUGGAUUGGGUACGUUAAUACAAGCAUGGGAUGUCAGGAAAAUAAAGUGUCCAAGGAAGAUCACUCAAAAGAUUCAGAGUCAAAUAUCGCUUUACCAAUCGUGAUAGCUGUUUUGUUAGUGGUGUUAUGUAUUGUUGUUGCUUUCUUCCUAUGGAAAAAAUAUACUAGACAAUCGACGUUUGGAGUGACAAAGAGGAAUAGCAACACUAGUUCAGAUGAUCAUAAAAACGGGGAAAAUGAACUUAAGGAAGUAGAACAAAAGCUUGUUGUUAAGACGGAAAGUGGUGAAAUCGAAAAUUCACGUGGACAAGACAUUGAUAACCUCUCUGUUGAACAAGAAACAGUAAAUAAGCAGCAUGAUGAUAACUGUGAAACAGCAAACGAGCAACAAUCUGAAGGUGAUGGACAGUCUGCUGCGAAUGAAACAGUAAACAACAGUGCAUAACACUUAUAUAUUUUAUUACUUAUAAGUCAGUUGUAAUUAUAACAAGGUACUGACAUAUGUCUGUGAAUAUAUCAACUACUGCAACAGUGAAAUUCUAAGAAUGUAACAAUAGAAAAAUAUGGAUAAAAAAAGAUUCGGGAAUACGUCAAUAAUUCAGCAUGCCAACGACAAACAAUGUUCUUUCCUAUAUAUAAAAGUUUAAUUAAUUUAAUGAUUGAGGACUGUAUCGGCAGAUCCUUCUUAAAUCGUAAAGAUGAUACACGAUACACAGGUUAACUGGGGUGUGGCCAUAUGUUCACCCUUGGACUUAUCCCGUCCGACACUAAACCCCUUGCAAAAGUGUGGCAUCCAUUUGGCUGUGUGAAAUUAACAGAUGCGCAACCUCGUCCGGGCAGAAUGAAGACUAUAUGUCCGAUUUUACUUUUAGAGAGAAAUCCACAAUACAAUGACACUACCGAAGUGGUUCAAAGUAAAACUUAAUUAAUUGCCAGAAGUCGAAAAAAAAACACCAUAAUAUUAAUACAUCAACUUAGCAAACAAAGAUAAAAAAAAAAGAGUAAAAAAAUCUAGACACGAAAUCGAAAGAUUAUACAACGUGAGCCCUCCAAAUGCCUGUUUGGUCAAGUUCUUUGUAAGUGCAGGCAAUUUCAAAAUCCAAUGGAGGUAUCCGUCGUAUUGACCACGACAAGUAAAAGUCAGUAAAAAAGACAUUGAGAUGGCUUUUUCAAUAUAUCAUAUUCCAGAAAUCCAUAGAAAGUAAUAAUGAAAAAAGGUAUUUUCAACGCUUUAAUAUGUUAAAUACAGUGUAUAAGCUUUUGUAAAAUUCAUUCUGCAUUACGUAAUUAAACAAUGUUGUUUUGUAUACAUACAUCUUCUUAUUCCAUGAAGUGUCAUUGCAUUUAAUAUACAAUUGAUUAUCAAAAAUUAUAAUAAAAUUAGAUACGUCAUUUAGUAACAUUUUGUACAUUAAGUGUAACGACAUGCCUGUCUCUUCUAAUAACUUUCUUCUAAAUCUACUAGGCAGCCAGGAAGACAAAUGCAUAAAUAAAAAUUAAACCAUAAUAAACUGAAGCAGGUUUGCACCUUAGUAAACGGAUUUUGUUUUGAACAUCAAAGUCAUUUUAUGAGAAAAUCGAGGAAAAUUACGUAUCAGUUAAGAAUAUUUUUAUUUUGAACCAAAUAAUGAUUAAUAACAUGGAAAAUUAAAGAACUUUAGUGAGCGCGCUCACAUACCUCACGUCCCCACAUUGUCAUUGGAAAAAUAAAAUAAGUGUAAGAAAAAAAAAAAUUGUAUAAGAAAACAAAAUUGAAUCAUAAUUUCCUGUCAAUAUGCAAAUCUACAUAGUAUGUCCUUAUUAUCUACAAAGUUUCAUGAAAUUCUGUUGUGUGGUUUCAGAGGAGUUGUGAUGACAAACUGUUGCAAAAGUACAUUAAAGCAAAUAAGUUCAAAGGGGCAAAACACUAAGAAAAAAAAAAUGAUUCGUAAUUUCCUGUCGAUAUGCACAACUACAUGUUAUGUCCUUAUUAUCUUAAAAGGUUUCAUGAAAUUCUGUUGUGUGGUUUCAGAGGAGUUGCGAUGACAAACUGUUGCAGUAGUACAUUGAAGCAAAUAAGUUCAAAGGGUCGUAACUCUUGGAAAAAAAGUUGAAUCUUAAUUCCCUGUCGAUAUGCACAUCUACAUAGUAUGUCCUUAUUAUUUGAAAAGGUUUCAUGAAAUUCUGUUGUGUGGUUUGAGAGGAGUUGCGAUGACAAAAGGUUGCAGUAGUAUAUUGGGCAAAUAAGUUCAAAGGGGUGUAACUCCUGGAAAAAAAAUGAAUCGUAAUUUCCUGUCGAUAUGCACAUCUACGUUGUAUGUCCUUAUUAUCUGAAAAGGUUUCAUGAAAUUCUGCUGUGUGGUUUGAGAGGAGUUGCGAUGACAAACUGUUGCAGUAGUACAUUAAAGUUAAUAAGUUCAAAGGGGCAUAACAACUAGAAAAAAAUUGAAUCGUAAUUUCCUGCCGAUAUGCACAACUACAUAGUAUGUCCUUAUUAUCUAAAAAGGUUUCGUGAAAUUCUGUUGUGUGGUUUGAGAGGAGUUGCGAUGACAAGAAAUAGGACUGACGGACUGACGGACGGACAGACGGAUGGACAGACGGACGGACGGACAGACGGACAGACGUACGGACAGACGGACAGACGUACGGACAGACGGACGGACGGGUCAAACACAUUAUACCCUCCGCAACUCGUUGCAUGGGGUAUAAUUAACAUUUAAAAUGUUCGCUUUCAAAUAUUUUCUGACAUUUAAUUUUUCUCGCCGCGAUACAGCCUGUUUGUGCUGAUGUGGCGUAAAGCAAUCACCAAUCAUUCAAUGAAAUUUAAUUCAGUGUUUUGUUUUGUUAUCUCAAGACCUUUUCCAACCGUGCGGAAAGCGAAUGCAACACACAUAAAUACAUAGUUUUGGCCUUUUUAUAAAAUAUCGUCUUAACGUGUGACAAUCAUAUGAUUGUUUGAAACUUGAUAGCGUUAACUUGACUUACAAAUAAUCAUAUCUUUUUAUCAAAAGUAAAUAAAGUAUCUCCUAAUAUGAUUUUAAUAUCAAUUAAGUUGAUGGUGUAGUUUUUAUAAUUAGAUGAAAUGAUGUUAAAAGCAUAUUAUACUGCUCAUAUGUUUGAAAUUAAAACUAGUCAAUACGUAUCAAUUUAAAUGAUUAAAAACUAUUAAAAUCAAAUUAAAAAGGAGAUACUUUAUUAACACUUGAAAAAAAAUCUAAUUCAUUGUUAUGUCAUGUUAAACUGAAUAAACUUCUAAUAUAGAUUUAAACCAGUAAAACUUUAAUAUUUUCAAUGUAGUCAUGAUCGCUUUUUUACUUUAAAAUCUCUUAAGUGACAAUUACUAGUUUUGAUGAAUUAAAGCCAUUUUUAACCAGUGUCUGCCUAUAAAGCUAUAAAGUCUACUACAAAAUCUAAAUAUUAAGCAAAACAAGGCCACAACAAAAGGAAAAUAACUCAGGAGCUGCCCACAGAUGCACUGAUCCUGUUCACCAGUGAAUAUAUUGUACCUAUUGUGUUGUACGCAUCAAGUUAUACCCGGUGACUCCUCGUAUUCCGUAAUAAGUCACGUUUGAAAGGCUGUCGUUUUUAUUUGGUGAAAACCGUGUAACUAUUUAUAAGUCGUUUCUAAUUCUCUAGCUAGUAACAACAGUAAUCCGUUCCUUACUAGUAUCCAGUGGCGUUCAAACGUGACAGUAAUUUCAAUUGUAACAUCUCGCACGUGCAUCCCUAUUGUAUUGGAAUAAGAAAAUGUUUUUGUUUACAAAGCAAAAGAAGAGCGUCCUGAUAAAUGUAGCUAGAAUGAUUGUGAAGUGCUUUACCCGAUAUCCGUUCUAAAAAAAGCUUUAUCGUGAAGAGAGUCAUACAAUUCCUUAAAUGUACCAGGCUUAUAAUUUGGUUUGCCAGACGCGCGUUUCGUCUUCAUAAGACUUGUUAGUGACGCUCAAUUUAAAAAAGCCGCCAUGCCAUAUCAAUUACAAAGCUGAGCAGCACACCGAAAUUUCUGAAAAAUAGUGUUAAAUAGGGCUUAGGCAACCUUUAUCUGGGCUACAAAAGAGGUGACAACUGGGCUGGUGAUAUCAUAAACGAGGAGCGAAAAUGUACCAACAGUUUAUAUCAUACAAAAGCAUACAUGUAUAUUAGGUCAUCCUUGACUCAGGUAAUUCGUAAAGGUAAACCAAAUCAAGAGUGUGUAAAUAUUUAUGUCAUAAAUCAUAAUAAUUUCAGUUACAGAGCAUCAAAUUUCAGUUUCAUUCUACAAAUAUGUAGGAUUUCUGAAAUAGCAAUAUUUUUGUGAACAAACAAAUAAAAAUAAAUCAUUAUGAAACCAGUAUUUAUACAAAAGAGACCAGUCAUUUAACGACAGUAUAAAAUCAUAUUUAAAAGACAUUGAUCAAACACAUAAAUUAUCAUUUAUAACCAAUCUUAAAAUAUGUCAAUAACUGUAAGGAGAACUGGUCAAGAAAAGUCCGUAGAACAGUACUCAUGAAAACUUUACAAAAGGUUCUGAAUGAGCGGUUCUACCCUAGAACAGUUUUGGACAGACUAACAUUUCUAUCCCAGAACAGAUUCUAACAGAUAUAUCGUAGAAUAGUUUAGGACUCUUCUUCCUUAGAACAGAUUCUAAUAGUUCUACACUAGAAGUGAUACUGACAAUCCGACCCUAGAUAAGGUCCGGACAGCACCUUCUUUAGAUCAGUUUUCUCUCUAUAUAUAAAAUUGUUUAUCUAAUUAAUGAAUGAAUUAAGCAUAUUCAAUUAUUUUCUUAAUUUAUUCAACUUAUUUUUUUUUAUUUGUUGAACUUAUUUUAUUAAUCUUAUUAUUUUUUAAAUCUUUUUGUAUUUAUUUAUUUAUCUAUGUAUCUGUAAAUUUAUGUAUUUAUUUAUUUAUCUAUGUAUCUGUAAAUUUAUGUAUUUAUUUUCUUUUUUCUUUUUGUUUAUUUAUUUAAUUUAAUAAUGUAUAUAUUUGUGUAUUCUAUCUUUACCAUUUCAAACAAAAUACUCGGAUGUUUGACUAUU